AGCCUUAAGUUAAACUUAAUUUAUGAACAGAGGGUCUUGCCGCAUACAACGGACAGUGCAGCAUCCGCCCACUAGGUGUCACUGUCGCGAUUUUUUGAAGUGUUUUGCGCGCGGAGCGGCCGCUUUGACAGUCCUCGCGCUCUGCUUUUCCUGUUUACACUGAUGCGCUGUCAGCUCACGUGUUUGACUCCAGCUAGCUAGCGAUGCUAACGAAGUUAGCCUGCUAAGUCAAAGAGCGAUGAUUUGCGUUGACCCUCUCCAUUGCGCUGUGAUUCAAGACAGCAUUCUCGGGCAUGUGUGAAAUCUCUACCAUAAAUAUAAUAAGCUAGCUGCCCGCUGGCUCCUGAUGUUAUCGGACAACCGAAACCUUCGGUCCAAGAAAAUGGCAGGUGGUCAGCUGAGUAUACGACACUGGACGACAAAGCACGUCGCCAGGUGGUUGAAGGACGAGGGCUUCAGUGACUAUGUGGACCUUCUGUGUAACCGUCACCGGCUGGACGGCACCAGCCUGCUCACCCUGACUGAGUAUGACCUCCGCUCGCCGCCCUUGGAGCUCAAGGUACUGGGGGACAUCAAGCGGCUGAUGUUGUCGCUGCGCAAGCUGCAGAAGCAGAACGGGGACGUCCUGGAGGAGCUGGGCUUCUCCUUCGACGGGCACUCUCCGCAGGCCGUGGACUGGCUGUGCAACGGCGAGCCGGCGCGGGACUGCGACAGCGACGGCAGCCCCGGGGUGGGCGACUACCACCAGUACACCAACGGCAAGCACAAGCAGCAUGCCCGACGCCUGGACCCCGAGUACUGGAAGACGGUCGUCAGCCUUGUCUACGUCGUCUUUGUCUUUGGCUUCACCUCCUUCGUCAUGGUCAUCGUGCAUGAACGUGUCCCUGACAUGCGCACCUACCCGCCCCUCCCAGACAUCUUUCUGGACAGCGUGCCCAGGAUCCCCUGGGCUUUCGCCAUGGCUGAGACGUGCGGUGUGAUUCUGUGCAACGUCUGGCUGCUGGUGCUGCUGCUUCACAAGCACAGGUCCAUCCUGCUUCGCCGUAUGUGCAGCCUCAUGGGCACCGUGUUCAUGCUGCGCUGCGUCACCAUGUUCGUCACCUCCCUCUCCGUGCCGGGACAGCACCUGCAGUGCUCGGGAAAGGGCUACAGCGACAUGUGGUCCAAGCUAAGCAGGGCGCUGGCCAUCUGGAGCGGCUUUGGGAUGACGCUCACGGGCGUGCAUACCUGCGGAGACUACAUGUUCAGCGGCCACACCGUCGUGCUCACCAUGCUCAACUUCUUCGUCACGGAGUAUACCCCAAGGACGUGGAACUUCAUACAUACCUUAUCCUGGGUUUUGAACUUGUUUGGGAUUUUCUUCAUUCUGGCUGCCCAUGAACACUACUCCAUUGAUGUGUUCAUAGCAUUCUACAUAACAACAAGACUGUUCCUGUACUACCAUACGCUGGCCAACACGCGGGCCUACCAGCAGAGCCGCAGGGCACGGAUCUGGUUCCCCAUGUUCUCCUUCUUUGAGUGCAACGUCAAUGGCCCUGUUCCCAAUGAGUACUGCUGGCCUUUCUCCAAGCCUACCAUCCUCAGGAGGCUGAUUGGGUAGCACGCUCCGGCACUGUGGCACGCGUCCUGUGCUACUUGGCCGAAAUCCCGGUGGCUGCAUCCUGGGACUGGCAGAAGUUUGAGUGUCAACAUUUUUUUUUUUCUUUGACCCUAGGGUUACUACAGCUGGUGCAGGUGUCAGAGUUCAAAUUUACUCCGAAGCAGUUGGAGAUCGGCUGGAAUUUUGUAAAAGUUUUCUGGAACCCUAUUUUAUUGGAAGCAGAGAGAGGGAAAAAAAGGGAAACAGAAGUUUCAAAACAAUGGAAUAUUUGUUUAACUCUUGUAUAUUUACUAGGGUUUUUAACACCAUUAAGUCUUAUGAAAUGAAAUACUAGCCUUUGAACUGUGAAAAUACUGAUGCACCAGUAAAUAAAGAGCUAAAUUGCUAGGGUUCGAGCAUACUGAAAUUUCACUGCAUUUUCUCACCGAUUCCUUUUCUAUGAAUGCUACUGGACAUUCGACAUUAAUAACUACGUGGCUCUGCCAAUGAAGAUAACUUCCCCGGGGAGAGGCUGCUGUUUCGCUCCAGCUGAACAUAAGCAGGUGAAAAAGAUGACGUGUGAGAAUCUUGUAACUUGACUUUGGGCCUUCAAGGUGGUAAUGCAGGUGGGGGGAAUGAGAACUCUACACGGAGGUGGAAAAAACAGAACCUAUCCAGGCGUUUUCUAAAUGCGGACAUUAAUUGAUAUGGUACGACAGAUAUAAAACUGGUUAUGUCAGGUGACUUUGUCUCAUAAAUAUGCUAAAAUAGAUCACAUUGAAUUAGAUGGGAAAUGCAAUGCUAAGACGUUCUGCUUAUCUUCAUUGCAUGGGGUUAGAACACUGUGUUAAAGGGCUAGGAGUCGUCUUGCUACCUGACUGUGGUGUCAAACUUAUUCUAGCCAGAAAACAGCUGCAUUCCUUCACAUGUUGUGGUUUUGGCAGAGAAUGCUGACCGAAAUCUUCCAUUAUUUGCGGUGCAUCGUUUUUACAGGUCACUAUAGUGCGGAUAUUUUUGUCUUAUUGUACAAUUGCUCUGAGAAAUUUUAUUUUCUUGGUUAGAAGUAUUUCUGAAAACGAAUGCGCAGUUUAUUAUGGCUUUAAUUCAAAUGUAGCCAAACUAGUCAAAACAAAAUAAUCUUAAGAUAUGAAUUGCCAAUAAAUUUUCAGUAUUACGCA